AUGGAUAAUUACUACUCUACUCAACUAGCUUAUGAUGACCCGGUUGGGCAAAACGUAAUCAAUCUUGAACAUCACCGAGUACUGAGUUGGGGAACAGGUCUGAGGCGUCGCGUGGUCCCCGGUGCAGCAAAACUCCGGCGCGUUAAAUGCUGCGCACGCGCUCCUGCACGCCACCACCUUACCCGAAUCCGUCACCCGAAGCUCCGGUGGGCAGUUGCCAUUCAAGUCGGCCACGCAUCCUGCGUACUGGCAGUCGCCGGUUCCUCCGUUUGCCCUCAGCCCCAUGGCCACAUUGUAACCGUCCACCAAGCUGACGUCAUAGAAAUCCUUGUCACCCGGGGUCGAACCUAUCGUGAACUCCGCCAAGGUAACUGGGGGUGCGCCGCCCCCGACGCAUUUUAG